GUCAGUUUAAUAAAAUAAACCAGUAUGAGUGAAUUAUUUCGUUCAAGGAGAAUAUCGUCUAUUUCCUUUGACAAGAAGAAUUACAACAAGUGGUUUUAUUCCAAUGUUUGUCACGUUUGCAAAAAGGAAAAUAAUAAUGAUUUGAUAUCUUGCGCUGAAUGCGAUAUGAUUUCUUACUGCAGUGAUGAACACAAACAGUUGCACAAUGAAAAACAUAGAGAGAUCUGCGGGUAUCUUAAAGAAUACAUAAAGUCGCAUAUGGGAAACGAAACUGGAGUAGAUCACGUGACCUGGAUAAAUUCAAGACUCCAAUUUCUGAAUUCAAUCAAGAAACGGCUCUCACGUAAACUAGAACCAUAUGAAGAGCAAAUGAUCCUUUUCGCAAAAUCAUGUUUUAGUUGUCAUCAACAGAUUCAUCUGGAAAAUUGCCGAAGAUGCUAUUCCAUAAACUAUUGUGUUGUACACGCGCAAGAAUUUAAAAUACAACAUGAAUCAAGAUGCAAUGAGUUGCUGUUCGGACCACUGACGUUGUUUUAUGCGAUGAGGGAUGCGAAUUUAUUGCACUUUCUAAAUAUAUCACCACCAAAAUGUAUCAUUCAUAUAGUGGUGUCCACCUACCAUGACAUAGAAUAUUUGGCAGCUUGGGAACUGCUUUCUCAUCUGUUAUGUCCUGCUAUAAAAAUACUAAAAAUUGUACUGAUAGGACAAGAAUUAACACAGAAAGUUGGCAGUAUCCUACUUUGCUGUAACUGUAUUAAUAAGGAGCUAAAGGUUAAAUACGAAUUUUGUCCUAAAUUAUAUUGCGAUUAUAUGAAAUGUCAAACGUAUGAACAGCCAAGUGUGGUUGUAGGGUUUCAAGUAGAUUUUAGAGAUAAAAAGAUGCUGUCAAAUUUCUUGCCCCUAUUCCAGAUCAAGAGUUAUCCGUUGCUUUUAACUACCGCUUCAAAAAAUAAAGCAAUAAUGAACAUUAAUGAAAUAAAUGCCGCACUAGGUACUAAUGUGAAACCUACGUAUGAGGAAGAAAAUAAAUUUCGUUCCUAUAAACCACUGAGAGAUCUUGAGGAUGGACUUGGUUGCUUUUGUAAUAUGUAUGUAUCUAUUUAUCUGAACUUAGAAGAUGUACCUGCAUCAUCUAAGGCGAUUUGAUAUUCUGAUAUUAGA